AUGGCUAUCCAUCUGGAGAUGCAGUCCCCUGGGGCGGUAGACCACGAGGUCGAGGAGACAUAUGCAAAGCAGAAUAUGGACUUUGUGGAAAGUGCAGGAAAUGUGAUUCCUGCUGCGGAUUUGCCUGCUGAGAUAGCACACUUGUCUAAACCACACCGUGAUUAUCUGAUGGAGCGACAUGGUACCUUGAAUCUCGACCCGAUUCCUGCGAUGGACCCUGCCGAUCCGUACAAUUGGCCAGAAUGGAAGAAAAUAAUGAAUUUAAUUCUUGUUGCCUUCCACGCUUGUAUGGGAACCUUCGCAGCAGCCGGUAUCAUUCCCGCAUACUCAGACAUCACUGAAAUUUACGGUGUUUCAACCCAGUCCGCCAGCUACCUCACUUCCCUCCAGAUCGCCGUUCUGGGUGGUGCACCGCUUUUCUGGAAACCCCUGUCCCACCGUUAUGGUCGCCGUCCUAUUUUCCUCAUUUCCCUCAUCUGCAGUCUCGUGUUUAAUAUUGGUUGUGCGAAGACGAAGACCUAUGGUGCAACUGCAGCAUGCCGUGCUCUGGCGGCGUUCUUCAUUUCGCCUGCCUCGGCGAUUGGAAGUGCCGUAGUGAUGGAAACGACCUUCAAGAAAGAUCGUGCUCGGUAUAUGGGAAUCUGGACUGUGAUGAUCACACUAGGUGUUCCCCUUGGACCAUUUAUCUUCGGAUUCGUGGCGUAUCGGGCUGGUUAUGAAUGGAUUUAUUGGGUUCUAGCGAUGAUCAACGGUGGUCAAUUUAUUCUCUACCUCUUCUUCGGCCCAGAAACUCGCUACGUGGAUAGCGGCGAAUGGCGAGAAGAAUCAACCUUCAAAAGGGAAUACCUCUCCGUCCGUCGAAUUGAUCCCACCCCAUUUACCUGGUUCGAAUUCGUUAAGCCCUUGACAAUGGUCACGCGUCCUUGCAUCCUUAUCCCAACAUGCGCUUACGCGAUGAUCUUCCUUUUCUGCAACAUUAUGACAACAGUUGAGAUCCCCGGACUCCUCCAAACGAAAUUCGACCUCAAUACCGAACAGGUUGGCUUGCAGUUCCUGGGCAUGAUCAUCGGAUCCAUCAUCGGCGAACAAAUGGGCGGAAACUUAUCCGAUUACUGGAUGCGUAUGCGUGCAAAGCGGGGCCAAGAACCUGCUCCGGAGUUUCGACUUUGGCUUAGUUACUUUGGCUUUGCACUUUCAUGUGUUGGAUUGAUCAUCUUCUUGAUUUGUACUCAGGAAGCACCGUCGGGUCAUUGGAGUGUUCCCCCGAUUAUAGGCACUGGAAUCGCUGCUGCGGGUAGUCAACUCGUUACUACUGUUAUGGUUACUUAUGCGAUGGAUUGUUAUCCUCAAGAGGCGGCGAGCGUUGGUGUGUUCAUUACAUUCGUGCGACAGAUUUGGGGAUUCCUUGGUCCAUUUUGGUUUCCUUCAUUGUUUGAUACUGUUGGUAUCGCUGCUAGCUCGGGCGUUGUUUGUGGUAUGAUUGUGGCUGUCAGUAUUCUUCCGACCAUGGUGCUUCAUGGAUUCGGCAAGAAAUGGAGACGGCAACACGGCGAGGUGGCGUUCUGA